GUUACACAGAAGAAAGUGUUCUCUAUCCUGUUCGUGACGGUAUAGGAAAAUUGUAAUUUAUUCGUAAAAAACGCUUUUAAUUCUCCACUAAACAAAUUAAAAAUCGCAAGUCAAACUAACGCGCAAUUCAUUCCCUAUAAAAUCAAACGUCUACAACGUUAAUUUCAUCUGAAUAAUUAGUGUCGGAGUGUAAUCGAAUUGAUCAUUUUUUUUUGCAAAAAAAUCUUUUGUCUAUUCCGUUCUCUCAUCAUUCACACCUUACACACAUCUAUGUACACUCUUCUCCCCUAAAAAUACAGACAAAAAGGUGAGAUACAACAAAACUGCAUGCCCGAUUACUUGAAAGCGAGCGAGCGAGAAAAAGGGAUUGAAGAAGACUGAGGACUUAGGUUUAAACAAUUAAAAACUAAAAUUAUAUCUAGCCUGCCACGCAUAACUAUAAAUUAAAAAAAACUACUCGAACAUAGUUUUACACAAAAAAGAAAAGAACUUAUGUAAUUCGAUUAUUCUUAAUUAUUUUUUUUAUUAAAUAUUUUAAUCGAAGAAAAAACAUCAGAAGUGGGAAAUAAUUUCUAUCGUUGCUCUCCACAAAUCAUAGUUAUCAUUUCAAUACAGCAGAAAACUACAGAUAGGCUCAAAGCAACAGUUAAAAAAAACCUGUGAUAAAUACGAAAGAAAGGAAAGAUAUACAAAAUCACGCAAAAAUAUUUAACGGUUUUUCUUCAAAAACGAAAUCACACACAACAAAACCGAUAAAAUUUGAUCACAAGAAUUAACCUAAAAGGCUCGAUUUAAAAGUAAGAAAUACCCAAACAAAAAGGUUUCAUUCCGUCAGCCAACAGCAGACGUGAAACAAUAGUUGAAGUAGUCGUGUGGUGCACAGUCAACGGGAGUUUUUGCUGAUGAGGAUUCACUGGCAGCAUGAGUACACUGGGGGGAAGUAGGGGAGAGCGAAAUGCCAAGCCCAAGUUCGCAGCACUCGAUAUAAAUCGAAUGUACAAAAAUAGUCGUGGCGAAUCUGUCGAACCAUCUGCACAAAAAAAUCAAGUGCCCCGUAAACAUGGAAUGCAAAGUUUGGGCAAAGUGCCGUCCGCUAGGCGACCACCAGCUAAUCUUCCAUCCUUGAAAGCUGAAGUUAGUUCGCCGAAUAGCAAUAGCAAUACACCUGGACAAGAAGUUGGAACAUCUAAUCAAAUAUCUGGCGGCGCAUCUCAAGGAACAUCCGUUAACUCACCAGUGGUGUCACAUUCAAGCAGCGUCAGUUCAAUCGCAACUAACAAUAAUAACAUCCACGCAAACGUCAAUACAAACAGCUCUUCUAAGUUGCUAAACAAUAUAUCGUCGUCUAACGAAAGGCAUAACACAACCUCACAUUCUUCUUCACAUUCAACACUUAAUAAUAGUUCAGCGAUAACAUGGUCAUCGGUAACAACGGGCCACGAUCACCUGAACAACUCUGGUGGUGGCGGCGGAGGCAAGAACUCUGCUCCACCGCUUUAUCAAAGUCCACAAUUCCAACACGAAUUUCCAUCAUUAGAUGGUGCUGGUGCUCCCAGCCACCAAAAAGGAGCAUCCUCAUCAUCUGCGUCAGGAAAUCAACAGCACCAACCACAUCAACAACAGUAUCACCACAACAACCACAACAGCAACAACAACAACAAUUACAACAAUCAUCAACACCAACACCAACAACAACAAUACAAUCAUCAAAACUACAGAGAUGGCAAUGGCGGAAGAGACGAACGAGAUCAAUAUCAUCACCAGAACAAACAACAGCAUCAAUACCAGCAUCAUCAUCAUCACCAACAGCAAAAUCACCACCAUCAGCAUUCGUCGUCGAGGAUGACGACACAAGAGGGCGAUGUGCAACAAGUGAGUCUAAGACCACAAACGGAUGCAAAUACAUGGAUAAACCAGCAACAAGGUGGCAAGCAGCAGCAGCAAGUACAAAGCGAAGCUGGCCAACAACAGAACAACAGCAACCAACAGGGCCAGGCCCCCCUACAAGCUGUUCCGCCGCCGUUGCUAGCUUUAAUGCCAUCAUUUAUGGUGCGUGGGGGUGGUGGAUCCUCUGCAUCGUCUUCAGAUACACAGGGACGCUCGUUAACGCCACCAGCAGCUGGUGCAGAUUAUCAAUAUCAUCGCCAGCAAAAUGGCGGCAACGAAAGAGGACAUUUUUCGUCAGGGAAUAACAAUAGAGGAGGAAAUAAUCAAAAAGAUUAUCGUUCAAAUUCCCCAAAUGUAGGUGGCAACAGCAACAGCAAUUCAUUCCGAUCAAAUGUUAAUAUGAUGGGUAAACGGCCGGCUCAAGUUAAUACACCCCCUCCCCAGCAACAGCGUCAAAAUAAGGAGUUGUCUACAUCGAACCUUCCACCACCAUACGUAGAACCCGAAGUUGCACUUCAACAACGGCCAAUUAUAAAAGAAGAAGACUUAGAGCGUCUGAAUGCAAUCGCCAAAGAUGAUAGUUGGACGCAACAAGAUGAUGUUGAAUAUAAUCCAAAAUUGGCAUAUUCUGACGAUGAAGAUGAAUCGCCUUCGCCCGAUGCCGAAAGACAGCUACCAGUAUUCCCAGCGAACACAACAGCCAAGAUAAACAGCGAACAAAAAUCUAACAUUAAAUCUACUGCAGAGCCCAGUAGAUCGUGGGCACGAGACAGAGAUUCAUCCAAAGAGCAUCAGCAGCGAAAAUCUGAAGAUAAUAAUUCAUCAACUUCGCAACAGAAUGGCCAUCGAGGAGUAGUUGCUCUAGAUGCCGGAGUUUACGAACGCGCAAAGCAACGCAAAGAAGAAGAAGAAAAACGGGAGCUCGAGCGUCGCCAAGCGGCUGCAAUGAAACUAUUAGAACUAGAAAAGAAAUUGAAUAGCAAAAAAGCGGCAAAUUCUGGUGCGGGUAGUGAUAAUGAUUUAGCAGGGGCCUCUGGAGGAGCAGGCAUUAGUGCGACAAUAACUAAUGCUGGGUCAUAUGAAGACAGCCGCCAAAAAGACGAUGAUUAUCACCAUCAAUCGACACGGGAUAUGGGUGGUCGUCGUGGAUACCAAAAAGAUGGUGGCAACAGUGGUGGUCGCGAUUAUAACCGGUACGAUCGAGGUGAGAGGGAUCGGGAUCGUGAUCGAGAACGUGACCGCGACCGUGAUUAUGGGCGUGGUGGUCCACAACAUCAUCAAAAGCCUGGAUUUUCGGCUCAUUUCCAGUCGAAUUUGCCACCUCGAUUUCAAAGACAACAACAAUUACUCCUUCAACAGCAACAACAGCAGCAACAACAACAGUCUAACCAAUCUAAUACAAGAUCCAUCACUGCCAAUCAACAACAGUCGACAGGCGCCGCUGGAGGGUAUUCAUCCCAUGAAAAACAAUAUGAUUCAAAUCGGUAUGGUCAUAACUCGCAUUAUAGAUCGCAACCCCAGCAACGCCGCAAUGACGGUGGUGAUAUGAUGCGACGUAAUGAUCGAGGCGAUCGGGAUCACGGUGGCUAUAGAUCCGGUUAUAAUAGAAAUCGAAAUGAUGAUCAAAACGAACACGACGAUCGUUACAAUAGACGAAACAACGAUGAUUACCAUCGCGGAAUGUCUCGCAGUAUCUCAGACUCUUCGCAGCGCAAGACAAGUGUUUCAUCUAAUGAUGAUCCACAGCAACAGCGUUCUUCUGAUUUUCUAGGAGCAGCUGGAGGAGUUGCGUCCUCAUCAACGGUGGCGUCUUGGGCCGAAGAGACCGAUGCAGAACUUCGACGCCAGAGGGAUGAAAGUUUUUCCAGUGGCCACAGUCGCAAUGAAGAUGAUAUUCAAGUAAAACACAUUUUGCAGCGUCCAGCGCAGCACCAGAAAAGUGCAUCCGAAAGCAGCACUAACACAACAAUUGACAAGCUUCCCAGCACAGCCUCUGACAAAGAUAACUCUUACACGUCGACGGUUGCGACAAAGGAAGUGGAGCAAAAGGACAAAGAAAACACUCCAAUUAGUGAGCCUUUGUCUUUCGUUCCAACUCAAAUAUUGCGUCGUUCGGAGAGUCCAUCGCCACAAGUUGGCAACGAUCAAAACAAUAAAGAAAAGUCCUCGUCCAUUAGCGAGGGAAGUAUUGCGGAAUCUUUAAACAAAAGCGAUCAGCAAUUGUACGAGCAAGUUGAUCAAAAGGAACAAGUCCCUAGUGGCAUUGAAACUCAACAAAGAAAACGGAAAGAUAGUGAAAAUGGAAGUGUUAGCGGUUCGGUUACUAAAAAGGAUGAUGAAAAAGUUGAUGAUAGGUUGCAACGUGGUGGAGAUCAUAAGCGGCCAAGCCCGAGAGGAACGGGAGGCGUUAAUGAACGUAGACAUGACAUGCGUGGGCCACCCUCUCGUGGAUACGGGUCAUAUCGUGGUGGACCAAGCAGUGGCGGUGGAAGCUGGAGCCGACGUGGAAGUGGAGGCGGUAUGCGUAUGGGUGGUAGUAGAAACUAUCAAAACGACUGGAGUGAAUCUGAGAAUUCCGAGGAUGUUGAAGAUGAUGGAUACGGAAGGCGAUCAGAAAGAAGCUCAAAAGUUCAAAGAAAAGAUCAUCUUGGUCGAGAUCAGAGAAGAGUUGGAGGUGGUGGAAGCGGCGCAGACAGCGGCUCUCAUAAAGAAGGAUUUGCUCCACGUGGUGAACCUUCAAGACGUGGACGUGGAGGAGGAAAUAUCGGUGGAAAUUCACGAGGAGUGUCGGAUUCCAAUUCCGGAUAUCGACGUGAAAACAGAGGAAGCAAUAGUAAUAUCGGCCCUCGUCGCACAGGUGAUAGUUACAGUUCUCAACGUUCUACACAUGACGAUCAAAAAGAAAAGAAAAGUAUAUCAGAAGACUCACCGGAAACAUCUGAUAAAACAAAGCAGAAUCAACUGGCACUUACAGCCGGCUUAAAAAAAUCUGAAAGUGGUGUUUCCGAUGCAGAAAAACCCAAGCCGAAGCAACAAAGCCCUCAGCCAACAAAAAAACCAGACGAUGGCAAAAAGUCAUCUCCUCCCAAAAACUUUGGUUCUGGAUCUGGUUAUCAAGGUAUCCGAAAAGAAAGUACGUCAAGUAAUAAAAACGACGAUAAAGCAGAUUUUGAAAAAGAUAACGAACGUAAAAAAUCUCUGUCCAAAGAGAAAGACCAAGUACAGCAACAACAACAACAACGCAGUAACAGUUCUGGUCAAAUAAGCACUCAGCAAAGAACAGGUGGAAGCUCUUCAGGUAUGAUACAGAAGAAGGACGAAAGGCCAUCAAUGUCAUCCUCUGCUUCAUCUAAAGCAGUAACAUCUACAACAAAGCCCCCACCGGGGCUUGGCUUUAAACAACCAAGUUCUUCAAUUAUGAGUAAUCAGUCUUCGACGGGCAGUUCAGCAAAUAAGGAUUCCGUAUUACAAAAAAGUAAAUCUUCAACCGACGCUCGUGGAGCAAGUACACCGUCUUCUUCAACGCCCUCUCAACAAUCUUCUUCAUCUACUUCCAAUAACAACAAGAAUCUACCAACGCGAAUAAAUAAAUCACAGCAACAAUGGGAAACAAGUAGCAGAACUUCAUCGGCCAAUAAUUGGGAAAAAGGAGACAAAUCUCCCGAAGCACUACCAAUGGAUAAUACAUCUGGCAGUGAAAGUAAGGAGAAAAAAGCGAUCGCAACUGACAAAUCGGUAAUUGAUGGUGUCAACGCUCCUGUAAACACUAUAAUAUUCGAGAACACAAAUUAUAAAACUGCAGCACAAAUCCAACAACAACCACAAGUAAAACGACAAGGGUCAAACCACUCAGAUACGUCCUCUUCCCAAAGCAGCCAGGUUAAUCAAAAAUCAUCAGAUAUACCACAAGUACAGCAACAUCAACAACAGGUCGAGGCAGUCACAACAACUAUUUCGCAAAUGUCAUUCAAUAACAGUAGUAAUCAAUCCGGAGGAGCAGUUCCUGUUACGGAAACUAGCAGUGGGAAUGACUAUGACAAGGAAAUGAAACUGGGAUUUGCAUUUGAAACAGAAUACUCACAUAUGGCAGAAGAAAAGAAUACAACCGCCAUUUCUACAGCUUCUGCUUCGGUUUGUACAAAAACUGUGCCGGCUAAGCUUACGACAGGUCUACAGCCAAUUCCAACUCAAGGUGGGGCACCUCCAGUGACUUCUGGUACGCCAACUGGUCAGCAGAAUAUAAUUUCUACCACAGAUCUCAAUAUGAAAAUUGCAAGUGUGAAAAAAGUGUGGGAAAGCGUCUCACCUAUGCCGACAGUUAUGGAGCACGUAGCUGCAGCCGCUGUUGUCGCUGCACAACAAGUAAGUGAAGUGGAAGCUGCUCAGCAUUUGACGUCAAACUACAGCAACCCUCAGCACAUACAACAUUAUGCGGUGGCACAUGCUGGAAAUAUCCAUAUACAGCAUGCACUUUCAUCUCCUGGACCACAACCUGUUUCCUAUGGGAAUUCAUAUGACCCCGGUAUAGAGCAACAUUUUGGACAAAAAGAUGUCUCAGAUUCAGAUGGUUCGUCAGUUGUGGGUUACAGUCCAAGUCCCCAACACGGCGGGCAAGUUCAAGUACCAUCUGGGCCAGGUGGCCAUGGAGUUUCCAACCUAGUAUUGAAACAUGUUGCAGAUGCAGUAAAAGUAAAAGCUACUCAACAGCAAAUGCAUCCAGCAGGCUUGGGUAUGUCACCACCUCCCCCAAAUGCAAUGCAGCAACAGCAGCAAGCAGUACAACAGCAGCAAGCAGUGCAACAACAGGCUGUACAGCAGCAGCAACAUGUUGUACAGCAACAGCAGCAACAUCAACAACAGCAACAACAACAGCAGCAACAACAACAGCAACAACAACAGCAGCAACAACAACAGCAACAACAACAGCAGCAACAACAGCAACAGCAGCAACAACAACAGCAGCAACAACAGCAACAACAACAGCAGCAGCAACAACAACAACAGCAGCAACAACAACAGCAGCAUCAGAGUCAAAUGCAUCCAGCUGCAGUUGCGGCGGCUGCGGCUGCUGUAGCUCAGCAACAACAACAGCAGCAACCUCAGCCCUUCUAUCAAGCAUCUCAAUUUACAGGGAUACCGACAAUUCCAAGUCCACCAGCUGUGUUAUUUAAUUCAGGCACAAUGCCGUCACAAAGCGGCCUCUAUGCUCCAUUCCAAAUCGAUCAGGGUCGAUCACAAUUUUCCCAAUUUCCUCCAGCUCCACACUACGGCACAACUGGUAGUGGACCAUACAAUGCGUACAUGCAAACGCCUCCUAACAUGCCAACUGCGCCGGCACCCGAAAUGUAUUCGAAUAUUCCAUCUCAAUUCCGAAUGAGUGGAGCGGUUCAAUCGCCCUUCAAUCAGAAUCAACAAUUAAAUAACCCCAAUACUGUUCUUAUAUCGUCUAACUCAAAUUCACUUAUGUCUGCCUCGGUCAAACCAACGUCUCAACAACUAGGAACGAUAGGAUCGAAGAACAAUGCGGGAGCUGUAGCUGUAGCAGCUGCUUCGGGCCCAUAUGCUCAACAGUACAUGGGACUAUAUCCACCACAACAAGCACCACCACCUCCACUUCAAUCGAAUAGCUAUUAUUCAAAUUCGGCUGGUGGUCAAGGUCCUUUCUAUGGUGGACCGGCGGGUGCGGGAGCUACCCAAAGCUAUGGUCUCCAAACUGCGGCAGGUAUGUUCGGAGGUCAUGCUGGCCCAGGUGGCCCAACAACAGGACCUCCGCCGCAAUCGGCGCAACAAAUUGCGAGCUUCAAUUCGCAAUUUAUGAAUUCGCCUUUGUUGACUGCUGCCGCAAUAAAUCAAUUUCGUGGUGGUCCAACACCACAGCAGACAGCAGCCCAAGCAUACAUGAAAUCGAAUCAAGGACAAAAUCAUAUGCAGGAUUCACAGAUGGGUCGCCAAUUAAAAAGUCCCUUAGGCGCUGAUGUGAGCCUCAACUUAGCAAAACAAGUGCAAUCCCAACCAAGCCCACCGCAUCAUAAAAAUUAUCAAAGUUGGGACUUGCAAAACCAAGUGAUGCAGCAACAACAGCAACAGCAGCAAGUUUCCCAACAACAAAAUACCCGUGGUGGCAACCCACAAAAUAACAUGAACCCUAGUGGUCGUGGGGCUGGUGGUCAGGGCCGAUAUCCUGCGCCAAUUCAGCGACCAAAUAACUAUCCACAACAUAUGCAACCCUCUCAACCGCCACCUCAAUCGCAACGACCGCUUCGACAAGGUCAUUCGGGUGGCGGAGGUGGUGGAGGACCCCAGCAAAGUGGGCAGGGUGGGCCAGGCCCAGGUGGUGCUGGCAAUCCAUCAGGCGGGCCACAGAUGAAUAAACCGUAUUAUGCAAAUAACGCCGGUGGAAGUAGAGCAAAUCAUUCGUAAGCAACAUUAUUUAAUGGAAAUGAAAUGAAGCAUUAGCAAAACUAAAAAUAAAAUUAAGUUAUUAUUUCAAUUCAGUCGACUCGUUAAUUCAAAAUAUAAAAAAAUAGACAACGUAAAGAAGCCCCCUCAAUAAAAAAAAUACUAAGUAAUGUAAAUUACAAUUUAUUUAUAACUAGAAUUAAAAAAGCUUCACGGACGAAUGUUAAUUUAGUUUAUAUUUUCAUUUAAAUAAAAUGCUUAGAAACAAAAUCAUCAAAUUGUGUAAAAAACGAUCACCUAAAUUAUAUUGUUUGCUCUUAUUGAAUUAUAUUUAUAUAUUUUUAUUAUUAAUUACAUUUACAAUUAUGAUUAAAAAUUUAACAAACAAUGUGAAAAAUAAUAAUUUAAUCUCUCAAAUCAUUAUCAAACAAAAAAUUAAACUUUUCGCAUAAAUAAAGUUUUCGGUAAAAAACAACGGUUAAAAGUGUGAGAUAUGUGAAAAAGAAAAGGAUUUAAAAAAACUAAAAAAAUAAGAUAUGUUGUCGACAGGAUAGAGAAACACUUGAGAAAUGCAUUGAGUUUAAUAUAAAUAUUUGCUUAGUUCAACAAAGUCAGUUUUGAAGACUUGAAAAAGAACAAACAUUUUGUAUGUUAAUAGUAUCGCAACAUGCAUCGUGAAAAUCAGUUCCAAUGAAAAGGAGACUACCAGAGUUAAUGAAAGAUAAACGCGCAUACAUUCAUACUAAAAAUGUAUAAACUAUUUUCACGUUAGGUUGCAAACAAAAUUGCAUACUUAAUUUGAAAAUUUAGAGAACCUUUUUAAAAUGAAAAACAUAAUAUUAGCCAACAAUUGUCUUAGGACAUGAGAAAAUAAAGAAAUAAUAUUCAAACCAGUUCUUUCAUAAUAUGGCAAAAAAUAGAUAAUGUAUUUAAUAAAUAAUUUACAUGAAAACGUAUACAAAAAAAGAAAACGAAAAUUAAAUAAACUGAAAAUGUUUUUGUCUUAUUUAUAUUAUUUUUUCUUCAUAAAUAAUAAACUAUUGAUAAGAAAUGAGUUUAUAGCUAAAUAACGCAAAUAUUUAUGCUAAUUAAAAAUAAAUAAAUGAACCAUAUAAUACAAUGCAUAUAUUAUAAAUAACAUAUAAAGCAUAUAAAUGUUUUAUAAAUUUAUAAUCUUUAGGCACUUUCAAAGUGUAAAAGUAAAUGCAAGAAAGAAUACUAUAGACAUAAUUAAAUGAAACAACUUCGUUCUUUUAUAGUAUAUAGUAUUUCCCAUUGUAAUAAACAAAAUGCAAACAACAUACCAUUCUAGUUUCUUUGCUUCAAAAAAAUAAUAACAAGAAAAACAUUUAAACGCAGUUUUAUGAAUAAUUUAUUUAAAUGAAAAUUAUUAGAAAACCUGCAUACAUUUUUCGAAAAUAUUAACACUUAGAAAAUAAUAAUAAUUAUAAAAUAAUGUUAUUUACUGUUUUAUUUUAUAUUUUUUUUUAUAUUAUUUUAUGACAACAAAUCUAUUACUCAACUAUCCUUCUUCUUUCAAAUAAUAAAUAAUAUAUACGAAAACAAAAAAAAAACAUUAUAAUAAAAGCAAAUAUAUGAAUUAAAUCAACAAAAAAUUAAUGAUAGACUUGCGCGUCUUAUAUAGAAAAAAUGAUAUAAUUAUUAAAUUUAAUUAAAAACAUUUUUACUUUCAAUUAAAAAAUAAUACAUAAACAUGAAAAUGAUAACAAGUAUUCUAGAAGAAAAUUGCUGUCAAAAAUAAAAAGAGUAAAACUAACUGGAGAAUGAAUGAAUAAAAAAAUAUAAACAAAAAAAGAUAUAAUAUUUAAAUAAUAUUAUUAUUGAAAUUAUAAAAAGAAAAAUAAAAAAUGCAAAAAAAAAAGAAAUAUAAUUUACACUUCUAUCCAGAACAAAAAGGA